AGCUGUGAGGAGGACAGUGUUUUAUCCAGUAAAGCGUCAUGUGACUGACAGUGUGGUGGUGGUGGUGGUGAAGAUGGCGCAGCGUGACUCUGCCUCAUUCUGCUGUAGAACCACGACGACCGUUCUGAUCUGGAGAGCUCCUGCAGUCCACCGAGUCCACUGAGAGACGAGGGGAGAGAGGGAGGCGUUAGAAUCGGCCUUCUGCUGGGGCUGUAGGUGGAGAACAGCGGAUAAUCUAACGCUAGAUAUAUAGACAUAUAGAUAAAUAAAUAAAUUAGCCCGCUCGGCUCGAGCGCGCUCGCACUCUCUCUCUCUCCCUCUCUCACAGGCUGUACUGCAGCAGUGAGAGAGCCGAGAUCAGAUUUCCGUUCAUUACCCCCCGGUACAGAGAGAGAGAGAGAAAGAGAGAGAGAGAGAGGUAGAGAGCAUCUGCAGCACACCACACGCCGUGGAUGACUCGCGUUUUUGUAAGGGGAAAAAGGAGAUAAAAACGACUGACAGACUGCAGCCAUAAGAGAGGACAUCUUUUCAUACCAAUAUAAUAAGAGCUGCUGCUGAUGCUGAUGCUGCUGCCAUGUAUCUAUAGGGUUAGUUAACUAUGUGAAGUCCGUUUACAGCCGAGCAUCCCUCCUCCUUCAUCUUCUCUUCUCCAGCAUCCUCCCACCACCACCACCACCACAGGAGCAGCAGCGGAAUGGAGAUCAUCAGCUUGCGGGGAAUCUGAACCAUCUCCUGAAAUAAUGUGGAUCCCAACGGAGGAUGAGAAAUUCGCAGUUGUGAUAAGCAGUUUCCGCAGUCCUGUCAGUCAGUCUCUGGUGCUGGAGCUUGGAGAGACUGUCCAAAUCCUUGAGAAAUGUGAAGGAUGGUACAGAGGAUGUUCUACCAAAAGACCUACAGUGAAGGGGAUUUUUCCAACCAACUAUGUGCACUUAAAGAAAGCAACAGUUAGCAACAGGGGGCAGUGCGAGACGGUGGUUCCUCUGGAGGAUCCAAUCAUCACUGAAAGCACCAGUACACUGCAGGAAUGGGGCGUGCUGUGGAAACAGCUUUACGUGAAACACAGGGUCGAGCUGUUUCAGAAGCUGCGUCAUGUGAUGAGCGAACUGAUGGACCUGCGGCGUCAGCUGAUCUCAGGUCACAUGACCCAGGAACAGAGCCGCGAGGUCAAGCGCCACAUCACCCUUCGCCUCGACUGGGGCAACGAACACCUGGGUCUAGAUCUGGUGCCUAGGAAGGAGUUUGAGAUGGUGGAUCCAGACCAGUUCAGCGUAUCUGACCUUUACAAGAUGCACACAUCCAGCAGACAUUGUGGUCAAUCAAAUACAGCACAGGGACAGCGUCAUGGUGAUGGUUGCAAAGCACCGGUUGCUCACCAUCUCUUUCUCAACCUGAAAAGUUUCACAUAUAAUAGCAUCAGUGAAGACACUGAGGUGUUCUUCAGCCUAUACGAUGCCCGGGAGAGCAAAUACAUCAGUGAAAGGUUUCUGGUAAAGCUGAACAAAAAUGGGGGACCACAGAAUCCUGAGAAAGUGGACCGACUCUGUGCUCUUUUUACAGAUUUGAGCACAAAAGACCUCAAAAAGGAGUUGUAUAUUGUUGCACAUGUCAUCAGAACGGGUCGGAUGCUGCUGAAUGACUCAAAGAAAGGACCUCCACAUGUGCAGUACAGACGACCGUAUGGCUGCGCUGCCCUGGCCAUGAGCGACGUGUUCAGCUCCAUCACAGACCCUAGAGAGGAAAAGGACUUUGUGCUAAAAAUCUACACUUGUAAUAAUGAAAGUGAGUGGUAUCAGAUCCAUGAGAACAUCAUACGGAAGUCCAGCACCAAAUACUCUGCACCCAGCACCAAUUACGGUCUAAUAGUAUCUCUGCAGCUGUUCCGUGGUGAUUUAGAUACCUUGAGAAGAGAAAACCACCUGAUGUUCAGUAGAGGCGUCACUCUUACACGUAAACUAGGAUUCCCAGAUGUCAUUUUACCAGGGGACAGUCGGAAUGAUCUGUAUCUGACGCUGGAGCGCGGCGAUUUUGAGCGAGGUGGGAAGAGUGUGCAGAAGAACAUCGAGGUGACUGUGUAUGUGCUGUAUGCAGAUGGAGAGACCCUCAAAGACUGCAUAAGCGUGGGCUGUGGAGAGCCCAGUGUUAGUGAACAUCACUCCUUUGUGCUCUACCACAAUAACAGUCCUCGCUGGAGUGAAAGCCUCAAACUACCCAUUCCUAUUGAACGCUUCCGUGGAUCGCACCUACGCUUCGAGUUCAGACACUGCUCCACGAAAGAUAAAGGAGAGAAGAAGCUGUUUGGUUUUGCCUUCACUCCACUCAUGAGGGAGGAUGGGACUACUUUAUUGGAUGAGUGCCAUGAGCUUUAUGUCUAUAAGUGUGAUGAGAACACCACGUUCAGUAAUCAGGGUUUGUAUUUGAGUAUGCCGUGCUGUAAGGCAGAUUUGAACAGCUGUCCUGCUAUCCCAGCCUCGUUCCCCUUCCAGCGCAGCAACAAGGAAAGCUUCAGUAUCAGCACCCUGCUGGCUUCAACAAAGCUUACACAGAACGUGGAUCUUCUGACUCUGCUAAAGUGGAAGGCUAAUCCUGAGAGAGUUCUGGACAUCCUCGGGCGCCUCCGACUCAUCAGCGGGGAGGAAAUUGUGAAGUUCCUGCAGGAUGUACUGGACACACUGUUCUCUCUCCUUGAUGACAACAUUGACAAAUAUGGACCACUGGUCUUUCAGUCACUGGUGUUCAUCAUCAACCUGCUCAGGGAUCCGAGGUAUUACCAUUUUCGCCCAGUUAUGGACGCCUACAUACACAACCAGUUUGCAGGAGCACUGGCCUACAAAGAGCUGAUUCGCUGUCUGAAGUGGUAUAUGGAUCGCUCUGCUGAGGUUGUGCGCCAGGACCACAUUCAGGAUGCUAUGAGGGCACUGGAGUAUCUGUUUAAGUUUAUAGUUCAGUCUCGAGCUCUGUACUCUCGUGCUACAUGCGGUUUGGAGGAGGAGCAGUUCAGAGCCAGCAUUCAGGAGCUCUUCCACUCUAUACGCUUUCUGCUGAGUCUGGAUGGACGCAAUGCUGAGACACUCGUUGUCACACAGGCUGCGCUGUUGAACAGUUUCCCAGACAUCUUUGAUGAGCUGCUUCAGAUGUUUACAGUGCAGGAGGUGGCCGAGCUGGUGAGGGGGACACUGGCGAGCAUGCCUGGUACAGUGGACAUCGGUCAGUCUAUGGACGUAGUUAAACUCCAGUCCAUCUCUCGCACUGUGGACAGCAGACUCUUCUAUUUCCCAGAAUCCCGGAGUAUUCUGCUGCCCGUAGUGUUGCACCACAUUCACCUGCACCUGAGACAGCAGAGAGAGCUGCUGCUGUGUGCUGGAAUUCUGAGCAGCAUCUUCUCCAUCCUUAACACUAGUGCCCAGGAGUCUUCGUGUGUGCAGGAGGAGGUGGAGAUGAUGGUGGAGAGUUUGCUGGAUGUGCUGCUGCAGACUCUUCUGUCCAUCAUGAGCAAGAGCCAAGCAGUGGAAAACAAUCGGAGUCAGCGCUGUCCCCAGUGCACUGCAGAGAUAACGGGCGAGUAUGUGUCCUGUCUGUUGUCUCUGCUGAAGCUGAUGUCAGAGCUGCAUUUCCACCACCUGCUCAAUAACUUUCACAGUAAAGACGAACUCAAGGAGUUUCUGCUGAAAAUAUUCUGUGUUUUCCGGAAUCUGAUGAAGCUCAGUGUGUUUCCUCGAGACUGGAGCAUAAUGCGACUCCUCACCAGCCAGAUCAUUGUGACAACGACCCGAUAUCUCACUCCUGCACUUCAUAAGAACUUCUCAGAUGCAGAUUUCGAUUUUAAGGUGUGGAACUCAUUCUUCAGUUUAGCUGUGCUGUUUGUCAGUCAGCCAAGCCUGCAGCUUGAGUCUCUGAGCCAAGUCAAGAGGAAAAGGAUACUGGACAAAUACGGAGAUUUAAGGGUACAGAUGGCGUAUGAGCUAUACAGUAUGUGGCAAAAGCUAGGGGACAAUAAGCCUCAUUUCACUCCUGGGAUGAUGGGACCAUUCCUUGGGGUAACUCUGGUUCCUCAAACUGAGGUCCGGAACAUUAUGAUUCCCAUUUUCCACGACAUGAUGGAUUGGGAACAGCGCAAGAACGGCAACUUCAAACAGGUGGAGGCUGAGCUGAUGGAUAAACUGGAUAGCAUGAUGUCAGAUGGGAAAGGAGAAGAAAACCACAGAGAACUGUUUGGAUUACUGACUCAGCUUUUUGGACCCUAUCCAAGCCUGUUGGAAAAGAUGGAGCAGGAGACCUGGAGAGAGACUGGAGUGUCUUUCAUCACCUCAGUCACACGCCUCAUAGAGAGACUUCUGGAUUACAGGGACAGUGUGAGAGGAGAAGAGACGGAGAGUAAAAAGCUUGGAGCCAACAUUAUGAAUUUUUACAAGUGUGAGAUAACCAAAGAAGACAUGUACAUCCGCUACAUUCACAAGCUAUGUGACCUCCACCUGCAGAUGCAUAACUACACAGAGGCUGCGUUUACGUUGCUGUUGUACUGGGAGUUGCUACAGUGGUCUGAGCAGCCCCUCCGAGACCUCAUGCAGUACCCUGCUCAGAGCCAGUGGCAGCGCAAAGAAACCCUCAGCAGAAAGAUACUGCACUACUUCAACAAGGGCAAGUGCUGGGAGUAUGGGAUUUCUCUGUGCAGAGAACUGGCCCUCCAGUAUGAGAUGUUAUAUGACUACCACAGCCUGAGCUGGAUACGGAAAAUGGAGGCCAGUUUUUAUGACAACAUCAUCGAGCAGCAGCGUCUGGAACCCGAGUUCUUCAGAAUGGGCUUCUAUGGACGCAAGUUUCCCUUUUUUCUGCGGAAUAAGGAGUUUGUGUGUAGAGGGUACGACUAUGAACGCCUGGAGGACUUUCAGCAGAGGAUGCUGACAGAGUUCCCACAAGCCAUCGCACUUCAACAGCCCAACCUACCAGACGACAGCAUUCAACAGAGCGACGCCCAGUACCUUCAGAUCUACGCUGUAACCCCUGUAUCAGAGCUUUCUGAUGGGCCAAUGAUGGACAGAGUACCCGAAAGGAUCAAAAGCUUCUAUCGCAUCAACAAUGUGUCCCGCUUCCACUACGACCGACCCUUCCACAAGGGCCCCAAAGACAGAGAAAAUGAGUUCAGGAGCUUAUGGAUAGAGAGAACCACUCUGGUCCUGUGCCGACCCUUACCGGGUAUCUCACGCUGGUUUGAGGUGGAGAGAAGGGAGGUGAUGGAGGUGAGUCCUCUGGAGAAUGCCAUAUAUGUGGUGGAGAAUAAGAACCAGGAGCUGCGCACUCUCAUCAGCCAGUAUCAGCACCGCCAUCACCACGGCAACAUCAACCUGCUGAGCAUGUGUCUGAACGGCGUGAUCGAUGCAGCGGUGAAUGGAGGGAUAGCGCGCUACCAGGAGGCAUUUUUUGAUAAAGACUACAUCAGCAGCCACCCUGAAGAGAUGGAGAGAAUCAACCAACUGAAGGAGCUGAUGCAGGAACAGGUUCACAUUCUGGGAGUGGGCUUGGCUGUUCAUGAGAAACUGGUGCAUCCAGAAAUGCGGCCCCUGCACAAGAAGCUGGUGGAUCAGUUCCAUGUAAUGCGGAGUGGUUUGUCUCAUGGUGUUGCUGCACUGGAUCGGUUCUGUCCGUCAGGUAUGAGGAUCCUGCCACCAAGCCCUGAAAGCAGCAGAAUAAUUCACAGGCACAGUCCUCUCGGCUCUCUUCGUCUCCCCACCUCUCACCCCUCUUCUAACGAGGGCGGGCCUUUGAUGAUUUUGACAGACGGGCUAAUGGACCAGCCAGACGAUACGCCACUCAUGCAGCCCAGUCCCUCGUCCUCAAGCCUCAGCUCUAUUCGCUCCUCUUCCUCACAGAUGAUUAACUCCGCCCCUUCCAGUGCUAGAGGUUCUCCCUCUCUAUCUGAUAAGAACAAGAAUAACCGUGAGCUGCUGAUGUUGUUGCCUCCACACAGAGAGAGACCGAACAAUACUGUUUACUACGGCAACAACGAGAACGGACAGAUGAACAACCUUCAACGCUCUGUUCUGCAGCAGCACAGUCCCUGCAAACCUGAUCCCAACCCAAGCCUACCUGACCGAGGAUUUCCAACAGCCCCCAGCAGCUGGAGUCUGGAUGGGGAAGCAGGAUCAUACAUGCAAAACCCCAGCAUUCUGUCAGCACCUCACGGCUCCUCCCGUACCUUCCCACAGGGUCAUUUCCUGAUGCACUUUGAUACAUUCCAGCAGCAGAUGAAUGAGCCUCCACCAGUUUUGCCUAUGCGCUCACUAAGAAAGUCUCCCCUGCACCCUAUCCCCGGCUCCCCCACCAGCCCCGUGUCCGUGUUGGGCGGCAGCAACUCCACUCUAUCUGGCAGCGCGAGCAGCGGCGUCUCCUCGCUCAGCGAGAGUGUGCACAGCCACGCCGACACGCCCAGCCGGCAUGAGAACACCCACAGUGAUCCGCCCAGUCGUCACGACGGCACCGUCACGGGCCACAGCGACGCCCCUAAUCGCCAUGACAAUCCUAUAGAUGCUGCACCUUCGCAUUACUGGAGCCCCGACGAGCACCUGAGCUCACAGUACCAUGUGCACUUCAGUGGAGUGCCUGAACAUGUGCACGAGCAUGCGCACUACCCAUCUAUUCCUGAGCAUGCUCAGUACAGCCACAGUCACGGCCACGGCCUCGGCCACGGGCACUACAGCACCAGCACCGAACACGGCCUCUACAGUCCCGAAUCCGAACCCAUGGAGCCCCAGCGGCCUUGUCCCCUGCGCCCAGCGGCUUUUAACCCCAUGCAGGACCACCACCACCACCUCCACCAUCACGCCUCCUUGCGUCGGACCGGGAGCGGUACCGGUGCUCCGACCGCGCCGGCCAAACCUGGCCUGCGGGAGGAGGAGGGGCUGAGCGUGCACCCAGUACCCCUCCCCCGCAGAAUAUUCCCCCCUCACCGCGCGACGUGGGAACAGGGCAUUAGAGAAGAGCAGGAGGAAAACGCGGGGUGAGGAAGAAGCACGAAGACGACGAGAAGACGAGAGAAGGUGUCAGAUAGGGACUGAAGCAGAGGGAUUAGGCUGAGGUCAACUGGGACGAAGCACGAUCCUGGUCUUAAGAGGUCUUUGUACAGCUGUCCCAUCCACACAUGAGACUACAUGAGAGAACACACAAGGAACACCUCUAGACCAGGGCCUGCCUCGCAUCGCAGAUUCUAGAGAACCUGAAAACAACACCAUGCUACUACGGCUUGCAGCACAUGCUUACGAAUCAUACUCUGGUGUCCAAAAUGUCUGUGAGCAUGUUUCUUUUUGUACCCUUUCAAUAGAAAAAGCUAUAUUUUGUGAGUAUGGUGACGAAUAUAAAAUAGACAAUCCCUGUAGUCUCCUUGCUUUGUGUGGUCCUCGGUCUUCUAAAGUGGCAAAAAAGAAGGGAGCUCUCCGCUUCGAGUGCAGACACGCUUCAGACAUGGUAUCACGAUCCGCAGUUUGACCGGAAAAAUAUCUCUCAAACCGUGUAGGUACGUCACGUAAAAGAUUCCAAUCAUUUCGCUUAUCGACAGAAGUCUGAAAGUUUCUUUCUCUCUGCAGCACUUUACAUAUUUUGUAGUCUCACAAAUGUAAAUCUAAACCAGCUUAAACAGUGUCUUCAUAACGGUGAGAAACAGGAGCUCACUUCUGGCCUCUUGCUGGUUAGGUCAAGAAAGAUGAAGAACAUGCCUCACCUUUCAGGCUACAAAUCAGGUACAGGUAGGUUUGCAUUGUUAAGAACCCAACCUCCCCCUAUGCCCCCCCAUGUCUCAUGUAUGUACCAUAGCUCUUUUCUUCCUAAAUUCCUUGCGGAUACAUUCAGGCUAGUUAGUGUAGGUGUAAAUACUGUAUGCUGUCGUACUGGCUACACAAGCACAUGAACCUCAUUUGAGUCACUCUCAUUCAGGAAGUAUUUGGAUGCAUUGUAUUAGUUGUAAGUGCUCUAACUCGUGCUCAUUACCUCUGAGAAGAAGUAAUAAAACGCGAGUGAAUCAGACCGCAGCCAGUUACAGUGAAUGAACGCUGGUUUCGGACGUGUUCGCGAUGGAACUGCUCGAUUGCAUUUGAACUGACUUGACCAGCUUGAACUCAUUUGGCUCAUUUAACAAAAGCGACAGUUGCUACCUUGAUUUCAUGUUGGAUUUUUUUUUGUUUUACAGUGACCUACGACCAGAUUCAGGGUUAUUUUCCAAAGUUUCUGUGAAUAAUCAAUCCCCUCUGAUGCAGCCGCGGUAGCCAGACACAUGCAGGUGCCAAACCUCAGGUGUAUUCGAGCGUUGGAUGCUAAUGAGCGUAGUGGCUACAGGGGAACCACACCAAAAACCUACAAUGCAUAUUAUUACGAUGUACAUUCAGUCACUGUACAUACAUAAGACAACUUGGUGAUACAUGCUUUUGAAUAAUCACGUACCCUCAAAGCUGUUGUGUCAUUGUUUUAUGUACAUAACCCAGAAGUGAUAUAUGAAGAUUAUUGGACAUUCAUGUUUAUAUUGGGCAAAUUACAAUAGAUUGUGAUUGUCUUAUUUGUUCUAGACUUGAGAUAUUAAGUCUGAAGAAAAAUUCAUUUAUACUCUUUUCAAUGUGCCCUCUUGUACAUAUUGUGAACGCAUGAAUAAACAGUGUUAUAAAUUUUA